AUGGCGGUUGUACACGUCCUUGACGACUACUAUCUAGCCAUCACGGCUCUCAUUACAGUAGCAUACCAAUUAUUCUUCUUUUCAAUAGCCUUUAGCUUCAAGUUUGACAAGCUCACCGACUUUGCCGGCGGCACAAAUUUCGUCGUCGUGGCCAUAAUCACCCUCGCCAUCAGCGGCCACAACCAUGCGCGCCAAAUCGUCGCCUCCAUCUUCAUCAUGCUCUGGGGCGCCCGCCUCUCGGCCUUCCUCCUCUUCCGCAUCCUCAAGACGGGCAAGGACGACCGCUUCGAUGACAAGCGCGACAAGUUCUUCCCCUUUCUCGGUUUCUGGAUCUUCCAGAUGAUCUGGGUCUGGACCGUCUCCCUGCCCGUUACCGUCCUCAACUCGCCCAACGUCACGCGCUAUCCGCAGCACGACUUUGGUACCGGCCGCGACAUUGUCGGCGUCAUCUUCUUCGUUGUCGGCUUCGUCAUGGAGUCGGUCAGCGACGCGCAAAAGUACGUCUUCCGCAGGGACAACCCGAGCCGCGAGGCCAUUUGCGACAAGGGCUUCUUCAAGCUCUCGAGGCACCCCAAUUAUUUCGGCGAAAUCAUUAUUCAGUUUGGCAUCUACAUGAUCGCCGUCUCGGCAGCCGCCGACGGCUACGUGGGCGGCCAAGCCUUCAAGGCACUCUACGCCACCAUCCUCGGCCCCUUCUUCCUGACGCUGCUCCUCAUGUUCGUCUCGGGCCUGACUCUCCAGGAGCGUCCCGGCGCCAAGAAGCGCUACGAGAAGAAUCAGAACUGGGAGGGCUACAAGCGCUACCUCGAGCGCACCAGCAUUCUCAUCCCCUUACCGCCGCAGCUGUACGUCCGCAUGCCGACGUUCCUCAAGCGCACCAUCUUCCUCGAGUUCCCCAUGUACGUCUUCGACCCAGCCAAGCACUCCGACGCCGGGGCGCGCGCUGAGGAGGGCCAGCAGCACCAGCAUGAGUCCGUUGCCAAGCCCGCGCACGGGACUGGAAGGCCGAGUGGUGAGGAGUCUCUCGUCGGACAACUGAACAAUGGCCUUCAGCGUCGUCCCGCUCAGCUCACACCGCCCGUCAACCGAUACCGCAUCUGCCAGCGUGCCUCCGCUCCCGCGCAGGUCCGUCGGCUGAUCGAGCGCCUCUUGUUGGUCGCCGUAGUCGGUAUACUCUGCUUCCUCGCUGUGGUUCUCCGCGCCUUCGGGGAUUGGCACCAUGGCGUUCUUAGUCCAGAUGUGGACGGCCGUCUUCCAGUCCAAGCCGUCGAUGCAGCCGCCCUUUACGGAGACGACGUUCUUAUCCUAGGUGGUCACCGAGCAUUCAGAUUGCGUUCGUUUUUGGAGCCUGUUUCUGGUGUUACGGAAGGACAUACCGGUGUUGCGUGGAUUAGUCUGGUUCCGCAGUUGCGGCAAAAGUAG